AAUGUCCUAAUAUCAAAGCAGUGAUCCAUAUGAAUUGUAUAAUAUGAACCAUUGAUAAUUUAGUUUACAUUAUUGUAAUCAAUAAGACUAACAGAUCAAUGAUUAAAACAAAUUAUUCAUAGAAAAUCUUGUGAUUUAUGAUGUAAAAUAUUAGGUAAAUUAAAGAAAUCAUUCAUUCUAGAUUCAUCAUCAUAAAACAGUCCUACAAAUAUUCAAUGAACAGAAUUAGGUACUCAAAACUUUAUGGGGUAAUAUAUCUUUAAUUCCAUUGUAGGUUUUUAAGAUGUCUAAUUUCCCACUUAAUCAAAUUUGGAUUAAAUAAUUAAGGAUUCAAUUGAAAGCAAUUUAACUGUAAUAUAAUAAUAGCUAAAUUAGUAAACUGUAUAUAGUCAGACUUAUCCUGGAGGUUAAUUAUUUAAGAUUGGAUAUUAGUAAGAAGUCGAUGCUUGGUUAAUCUAUUGUAACAAUCUUACAAUUGUUGCUUAAACAUCUAAUGAUUUAUCAGAAUAUUAAUUCUAAAGAUUUGAUUCAGCUGUCUAAGUAGCUGAAUUAUGGUUUAAUAUUUUGAAUGAAUGUAAACUAAAUAAUCUACUUAUUUUAGUUAGCUAAGAAAAAUUGAACAAUUUGAAAUUUGAUUUACAAAAUCGAACUGUUUAUGGUCAUAUCAUUAAUUAGGAAUCACUAAUCUAUCAUCCUAAUGAUAUUCUAUAAUUUAUUGGCAUUAUUGAUGUAAAUUUUGAAUAAGCACAAUAAUUAUUUUGUUUUUAUGGAUUACCUCAUCCAAAAACCUCUUAAUUUAAAUUGUAAUUAAAAGUACUGUAAAAACAUAUAGAGAGAAUUUAAAGAAGUGAUAUUGAAUUAGAAUCAGGAGGAGUUAUAUUAUAUUUUAAUGAUCAAUAUUAUGUUGUACACACAGCUGAGUAUUUAAUUUAUAAACACAUUUAAUCUAUGUUAUUGAAUGAAUAACAUAUUGAAAGAGAUUUUAAAUAAUUUCUUAAAUCAUUAUAAGUUAAACCACCAAGACCAUUUAAGUUUUACUAAAAUAUAUAUGAAGAAGGCAUUAAAAUAUUAGAAUCAAAUAAUAAAAUAGAAUAAACUAUUAAAUAUAAUUUUAAUGAUUUCAUUACUAUUAUAUUAUACAACAUAUUUAAUAACAAGACUUUCAAAUGGAAUUAAUUAAAAUCUAUAAAAGAAUAUAGAGUUUCAUGGUCAUCCUAUUAACCAGAAUCUUUAAAAAGAAUACCAGUUUAUACAGGAGAAGAUCUUUAAAAGAAUCCAGAAAAUGUAUAUUUAAUUAUACCUGUUGGUGUUAAUGGAGUUGGUGUAUCAACAUUUGCAAGUACUUUUUAAUCAUUCUAUUAUUAAACUUAAAUUGUUAGUGAUAUUUAAGAUGCUAAAAUUAGAGAUAAUUAUGUUAUUAUAAUAGAACAUAAUCAUACUCCAGAAGAAGCAUAAUCUAUUUUAUCAAAAUGUAGUUAGUUUUACAAUAAAAUUAUCCUUUAUCCAUAUACCAAAAAGUCUUAUAAUUAAUUAAAAUUACCAUUUUCAUAUGAAUUGCUUAUUACUGCCAUGAAAAGAACUUGUACCACUCUUGAAAGAGUUUAACUCUUUAUUAAAAAGGCCAAAACUUUUUAAAAUUUUAAUGUUAGUUCAUUUUAAGUAAAUGGAAUAAUUGAAUUUCCAUUUGUUGAUGAAGAUUUAAAGAUUGAUCAUUAAUAUAUUGAAGAUGAUUUAUUAGAUUUAUUUUCUAAUGAGUCAAAAAAGAAUUUAAAUUAAUUCUUUAAGAGUCUAAAAGAACUUCAUCUAUAAAAUUAAAGUAAUGAAACAUAUGAUGAUGAAAUCAAGAAUAUUAUUCAUUAUUUAUUUCCAAAAGUUACAAAUAUUAGCAAACAUCAACCAAUAAAAGUAGAUGAUGUUGUAAGAAAGGAAAGUGAAGAUGUUGUAAUUCAUGAAAAGAAAACCAAAUUACAUAAAAAAGAUAAACAUAUAUAAUAUGAUCCAACUUAUUUACCAAAUUCACUUAGUUUCCAACUUAAAGGAGGUUACAAUAUGAAAGAUAAAAUAAAUAAAUGGAUUUUAGAUUGUUUAGUAUAUUUAUAUAAUUUAUUUUUUAGAAUGCAGGCAAUUCUCACUUUAAAAAUGAUGAAACUUAUCAUAAAAUUGUUAAUAUAUUUUAAAAGUAAACUUUUGAAAAUGGUGAAUAGCAUUUCAUACCAGAAAAAGAACUUAAAUUAGAGUUAUUAACAAUCAAUUAAAAUGAUUAAAGUGUUAGAUAAUUACCCUAUUUUAAAGAUUUUAUAUAAGAUAAAGAAGCAGAAAUAUUUGUUAAAACCUUGUUUGUAAGUUUUGAUGGUUUGAUUGCUGCACUUGCUAAUUAAUCAGCAUUACCAUGCUAAAGUCCAUAUCCUCAUAUUCCAUUUUAUUUUAAAAAUCUUAAAGGAAAAGACAGCUAAUCUAUCAUUUCAUAAACAAUAUUAUAAAAUUAAAUUUUGAAAUAGGCAUUCAAAGAUGGCUAACUCUCUAAAGUCACAAAUUAACCAAUUUUUGCUUCCGAAGAUAUUAAAUACAGAAAUAAGACUUAUAAGAUUUAUGUCAUUUCAUUGUAAGAUGGUAUUAAAGUUAAUGCGAUUUCUACAGAUAGAUUAUGAU